AUGUUCUCGACACGAAUCUGUCCACGAGUGUCUGUGCGAGCAGCAGGGCUGGUGUGCGCUUCUCGCCCACUCGCCGGCGCCGUCCAGCAGCAGAGAGGCAUGCUCAAGUUUCUCAAACAGACAAUUGGUCUGGACGACAGCGGCAAUGAAAAUGAUCCGACCCCCGAGAACCGGUUCCAUCUGUGGGACCAGUCACCCAACCAGGAUAUUCGGGAGCGGGCCGCGGUGAUCCGCGCCCGUUCCAAGUGUCCCGUGACCGGCGAGGACGUGCGAUACGUCUGUCCCAAGUCCGGAAUCCCCACCCAUCACAGCAGAGAGGCCUACGAGUCGGAUGCGACGUUCCAAGAGCAAAACAAGGCCGAAAAGCUUUUCAUGGCCAACAUCUACGAGCAUGAUCUGCGAUCCGGUCGAGAUUUCCCCGAGUUUGAUCUCCCCGGAGCUCAGGACAAGGAUGACACUGUCAACUUCAUGAACUGGGAUCUGUUUCUGUACACCCGAGACUUUUACUCCAUGGAUACCGAGUUCCAGAUGGCAGCCGUGACCAAGAUGCUGUCAUACCCCGUCACAAUCGGCUCCGUGCUGCACACAAUGUCCCCUUACGCUCUCAAGCCUAACGGUCCUCUGACCCUCGAGGGUCUCAAAUCCCUGGCUGCUCUGCGAUACUCUCUGUUCCCCAUCGACAAGUCCCGUGCUCUGAACGAUCGACCCAUCCGAUUGUUCAUUCUGGGCGCCCGAGCCGAGUCCCAGCUGCCCCCCCACGUGUGGAAACAGCUCUCGUAUCUCAUCCCUACCGCCAAGUGGGAGCUGUACUUCAUUGGUCCUGAGGCCUACUACGACCGAGACAAGCACCAGUACGUGCAGCACUCGCGACCCGUGGAGAUGAAGAUCGACGACACCAUGACCUUCAAGUUCUACUCGGACUACUUCCAUGUGCUCCACGAGGCUCAUGAUUUCUUCCCUUACGACCCCUACCUGGAUGCAUUCUUCCUGUUCCACCCCGGUCUGGGAGCCCCCGAGGCCAUGGAUCAGUGGGCCAAGUCGUUGCCCGGUCUGCUGGAGUCCAAGUGUGCCAUCUUCUCCACCGGUUUCCACAAGGAUGACCUUGAGCGAGACUGGAACUGGCUGAUGGACAAGUUUGGCUCCAAGCUGGACGUGCUGCUGGAGCCCUCAGAGAACAUCUUUGGCUCGACCAAGUGGGAGCUCAACGAUCUCAAUUCUACGGAGGUUUACCAGUUUAACCAGCAAAUGUUUGCUUUCCGAGGCAAGCGAUACCACGCCAUUCCCCAGUAA